AUGUCCCGCAACGUUCGCAACAAGUCGUCUGCGGCUUCUCGCAAGGCCGCAAAGCGUCGCGAUUCAGUCACCUCCUCCUCGUCUUUCAACCUUUCCGACGACGACGGCUAUUCCGCGGUUGAAGAUAUCAGCGACUCCUCCGAUGACGACGAUGAGGAUGUCGUUGCGGCCGAGGAGGAGCAUAUCCUCCACGAGGUGCUGCCCCCAAGCAUCUCAAGCUCUCUUCGGCCGCCCAUUGUCCAAGAAGAGGACGAUGAAGACGAAGACGAUGACAACGAUGAUCAAGAAGAAGAUGAUGACGAGGAAGAGGGCGCUGCCGACGUCGAGGACAGUGCCAGUUGGGACGGCAUCAUGUCUGAUGUCGAGGAGAGUGCCGCUUCCGACCACCAACAUCACCGGUCUGAGCCAGUAGAGCGCCAUGUUCGUUUCGACGUUCCCUCGAGUGAUUCCGACUCUACCGACACCGAGGAUGACCAUGCCGAUUUCUUUCCCGACAUCUUUGUGGAUCAGAGUUCACUCGAUCCGGCCUUCCGCCGCGAGAUCGAGAAUGAUGAUGAAAAUGACGAGUCCGAGAAUUCCAAUUCUUUCUGGGAUUACCAUGGCGACUACCAUGGAGCCUAUGACUACGCCCCUGACGCAGAUUCGGAGAUCGAGGCUGUCAUUCAGGAACUUGGCGACGACGACACCCCUAUUGCUACCCCCAUGACCGCGGGCGACGUCUCCGAAAUGCCCACUCCAGUCGCAGCUUACGAGGAAACUCAAGAGCUGGACGGCUACGAGACUGAUGGUGACACCACCGAAGAAGAUGAGCCUGAACCUGUCGUGCGCCGCAAGAUUAAGCGUCCCGAGCAAUCCGCCGACCAGUGGGAUGACUCCGACACGGAUCACCCGGUCAAGGGCGAGCGAGGACAACCUCGCGUUGGCCGCUUCAACCUCGACAGCUCUGAGCGCAAGCCUAUCGCCGUUGUGAACCCCAUCUCUAGAAAGAUGAUGAUCUUUACCCCUCAUCGCCGCCGUCACCUUGACUUGUCUCCGGAGCAGUUCAACUUCUCGUACCUUGCCCCCAUUGACGAGAACCAGAACUCGCCCAUGCUCAGCAACUCGGCUCAGAUCAUGAUGAGCGCCAUGUUCUCUUCCAAUACAUUCGGUGACUACCUCAAUACUCAAGCCAUGGGACCCGCCGAGGCUUUCUUCCCCUUCCAGUCUGAGCCGAACACGGCCGAUGAGAGCUCCUCAGUGGAGAUUGAGGAGGAUGAGGAUGAGAUUGAACGAAGCCUCGACAUCAACGACUUUAUCGAAUUCGACGAUACGAGGUCUCUUGACGGCGAGGACGAGAAACAAUGGGACGGCGAUGCCAUGAACACCACUCCUGGCCGCCCGCGCAGCUCAAGCGACAUCGACCUCCAUUCACAUAUCAAUGCGAACAACGUCGGAGCCUUCCGUCGUGACCAGAUCAACCAACGACUUAUCCUGAGCGACAAGGCUACCCAAGACUCCCUCGCCCUCAGCAGCCCUUACAACUACACCGCUCUCCGCGGACUGAAAUCCGACCGUUUCGAAACGGCGGCCGUCCCCCUAACUCCUCUGCGGCGUUCCAAGAAGCAGAUGCGCGAUCUCGCGCGCAGCCCCCUCGAAUCCAUGUCCCAGAAGCGCAAGGCGUCCAGUGAGGUCCCCAUGGCCCACAAACGCCAGCGCAGCAUCUCGGACGUCAACCUACUCAGCAUCUAG